GACUGCUUCCGUGUUGACCCACGUUUUCGCGUUUCUCGCAUGAGAUAAAACUGUAUGUAACUGUAAGUCGUUUUAAAAUAACUCAAGAUGAGGCCGUUAACAGACGAAGAGACGAAAACUAUGUUUGAGAAGUUGUCGAAAUACAUCGGUGAAAACAUAAAACUUCUCGUGGACCGACCGGACGGUACCUACUGCUUCAGGCUACACAAUGACCGUGUAUACUACAUGAGUGAGAAAAUUCUUAAAUUGGCCACAAACAUUUCCCGGGACAAGCUCGUAUCAGUGGGAACCUGUUUUGGAAAGUUCACAAAAACCAAUAAGUUCCGCCUGCACAUCACAGCUCUGGAUUUUCUGGCGCCUUAUGCUAAGUUCAAGGUGUGGGUGAAACCUGGAGCAGAGCAGUCUUUCCUGUAUGGGAAUCAUGUGCUAAAAUCUGGACUUGGGAGAAUCACUGAGAACACUAUGCAGUACCAGGGAGUUGUGGUCUACUCCAUGGCUGAUGUGCCCCUGGGAUUUGGUGUGGCAGCUAAAUCCACCCAGGAAUGUCGGCGAGUGGAUCCCAUGUCCAUUGUAGUGUUCCACCAGGCUGAUGUGGGAGAGUUCAUUAGGAAUGAAGACACAUUAACAUAAAAGAUGCAUCAACAACUGGACUGUUAAAAGCCGUUUCUAAACUCAUUUCAUACUCUGUAACAUUCACUGAAAUUCACACCCAGAACAGCUGCUGUUUAUUUUAACAGAAGUGGUUGGAUCCAAGUGUCUGGUUCAAGGGCACCUUAACAGCAAAUGUUACAGUGUUGGUCCAUAUUUCCAGUUUACAGUCUGGGGACUGAAACAAAGAUGUCUCUUGACUCAUCCUGGGAUAUGGCAAAUGUACUGUCCACUGGAUUCCCUUGUCACAGAGCCUCCUGAUACUUCACUUUGGCUGUAAAAUCUUAUCAAACUGCAGGGAAAUGCUUUCCCAUGUUUCUCUUUUGCAAAAGUCAGCUUUUAAAUAAAUCCACAAUGCUUUUUGUAGAAGA